AUGCCGGAUAUUUUUCGAGAGGAUGAUCAGUUUAGGUGCUGUAUGUAUCUCCACGUACGUACAGGCACUGUUAUUUUGGGUGUUCUCCACAUUCUGCUGCAGUUGGUGGUCGUUUCUACUCUUCUCAUGGCAGCUUUGAAACACGAUGUAGCUACUCUGAAAUCUCCUUUCGACACCGUAGCUACCACUAAUUGUCAGCCUCGAAGCCCGCCGACAGACAUUUUUUAUAUGCUCAUGCACGUCGUACCCGGAUUCACCAUAUUCCACCAAUCUCACUCUGAUUUUACCUCGCGUUUUCGCGCUGAGAAUAUAUCUCACCGGGAGGUUUUUGAGGCACCGCAAGAUUCCACCAAAUCAGACAGCCUAUUCAAUCUCCUCAUGGGUGGAACUAGUAAUUCGCCGAAAGAUAUUAAAGAAGAGACCACGGUAAAAGGGGAGGCCGAACCAGUUACACAAAACGAAGCUGUUAAAAUCACCACAUCAAAGGCUUCACCAGGCCCUCGCUGUGUAGAUCGGCGCACGAACACUUACUUCUCCCUCUGCCUCGCUCUCAUCUCCCUUGCUUUUGGCUACCUUCUCGUUCAUGGUGUUAUUUCCCGUCAGCCUGCUCAUCUGCUUCCAUUUUUCUGCCUACAAGUCUUUGAUUUUGUCGUCGCUCUCAUCUGCAUGUUGGGGUACAUGUCGUCAGCCUCGGACAUUAGUCACUGGCUUAGACUUAAAAUUGCAAGUCAGGAAGGCGUGUCAACCUCCUCGAUCCACCUGAACUCCACCUCUGUGUCGCUAAUCCUCAUUUCCACCUCCUGCCUCAUUCUUGCCUUCAAGGCAUACUGCAUCGGGAUGGUGUGGGACUGCCACCGUUACCUCCUUAUCACAAAUCGCCAUGGUCUCCUGCCUGACUUCUCACUCUCUGGUAUUUCGCACUUUUCCCUUGCUCCCUUUUUUGGUCGUCGGCCCCUCCUCCUCAUCCGACGCAAUCGUGGUGACAGCAGCAGUGGCUCCGGCGGCAGAGGCGGUGAUGGAGGUCCGCCUGAUCUCACCUCUGUUAAUGGUACUGCCGGCGUCUUUGUCGACGCCGUGCCCACGGAACCACCUAAGGACUCUGCCUUGCCAAAGUAUGAGGAGGCUCUAAGCAUUCCGGCUAACGCAUUCGCACCACCACCGUACUUCGCCCCCAAAUCGACGGAGGAGACGAAGGGUGGGCUACCGACAACAUGUCCUACCACCAACACCGCGGACACCGCUGCUGCUGGCGUCGCCAACGUCGACGACGACAGGAAGGACGAUGGAAAACAGUGCUCCUCCCCAGGUCCUAGCAUCGUCUGA